AUGUCUGCAGUCCUCAUCACCGGCGCCACCGGCAAGCAAGGCGGCGCACUCAUCCGAAGCCUCGUGCAGCGCAAAGCCCCCUUCGAGAUCCUCGCCAAGCUGGCCAGUCUGUCCAAGUCUAUUAAGCUCAUCCAAGGCGACCUCGACAACCCAGCGGGUAUCUUCAAGAAUGCGCAACGCGUAACCAAAUCCCCGAUCUGGGGCGUCUACAGCGUUCAGACCGCCAUCGGCAACAAAUCCGAAGAACCCCAAGGCAAAGCCCUCAUCGACGAAUCCAUCACGCAAAACGUCAAGUUCUUCAUCUACAGCUCGGUCGACCGCGGCGGCGAGACCCGCUCCUUCAGCAACCCGACCAAAACACCCCAUUUCAUCAAGAAGCAUAACAUCGAGCAGCACCUGCUUGACCGCGCCAAGGCAGCAAACAUGGACUGGACGAUCCUCCGCCCCGUUGCCUUCUACGAGAACCUGACCCCGGACUUCUUCGGCAAGGUGUUCGCCACAUGCUUUAAGAUGGCGCUGGCGGGGAAGCCCCUCCAGAUGGUCGCGACGAGCGAUAUCGGGUAUUUUGGCGCCCAGGCGUUCCUGAACCCGGAGGAGUAUAAGGGGAGGGCGAUUUCGUUGGCCGGCGAUGAGCUGACGUUUGAGGGGAUGGGGCUGGUUUUCGAGCAGAAGGUGGGCCGGCCGCUGCCGUUGGCGAUGAGGCCGAUUUGCUCGUUCUUUAUGGCGGUGAUGAAGGAUAUGGGGUAUAUGUUUAAGUGGCUUCGGGAGGAGGGGUAUAAGGCAGAUAUUGCGGCGUUGAAGGGGAUUCAUCCUGAGAUGAAGGAUUUUGCGACGUGGUUGGAGGCGGAGAGUGGGUUUAAGAGGUGA